UGGAAUUAUGUAUCGUCCCCAUAGAAACGACUCACCCCGAUUCAGGCUGUCACCAUAGAAACGACACACAUCAAACCACACCCACAAAUUGUUAUCAAAUGUCACGUGCUCAUAGUGGUGACUUGGCGGGAAGGCAGCUGUAACAAAAUGGCAGAAUCUUCAGAGCUAUUGGCUACCUAUGCUGGUUUAGGCACACAUGAUGGGGCGAGCUAUUUCAGAGGAGACGAAUGUCUUGCUUGUGUGAAGGAUCUCAUUCGAGCACUGCGUAGCGACGAUAGCCGCUGUGAAAUAAGGAGACAACUUGGCCAAGCCGGAAUCCUACAGAAGGAUCUUCUUCCAAUCUUGGUUACCUCCUCUGACAAUCCACUUCUUCGUAACGAUGUCAUCCGUCUCCUUGUCAAUCUCACUCAGCCGGCCUAUUUGUGUUUUGGAGGUGCCUACCCCAAGAACAAGGAGUCAGACCUCAUGAAGUGCUUCCUGGAAGUGAACAGAUAUCUGCGUGAGUACAAGGAGAGCUUUACACAGGAGGAUGUGAUGAACACUCUGGGAACAGUCCUGGCUGACCUCUGCCAGAAAGAGUGGGAGGAUCGAGAUGAUGAUGACAUCAUAGUUAUAGAGAGGAUACUCCUCCUCAUUAGGAACAUAUUGCACAUCAACCCGGAGGUUCAAGAAGAAAAGCGUACUGAUGAUGACGUGAGCGUGCAUGACCAGAUCAUCUGGAACCUUCACAUCAAUGGCAUAGAUGAGCUGCUUCUCUUCUUGGGCAGCAACCAAACUGAGUCCCAGUGGUGUAUGCAUGUGCUGGAGAUAAUGUUCCUGAUGAUGAGAGAGCAGUCCUCCGAAACGCUGGCGAAGACAGGAAAAGGACGGUCAUCUUCUGAGCUAAAAAAAGAUGAAGAACUUGUUGACGAGGCCCUGGCCAAUGAGCGUGCUCGGAGGCAUAAGUCCCAACGUCUCUGCGGCUCAAGACAUCCUUCCUUUGGUGGUACGUUUGUCGUCAAGAACCAGAAGAGCAUCUCAGGAGGAAACAGAGUCUAUCAUCGGAGGCUGGCAGGUGUGAACGACCACUCCUACGACACAGAGAAGAGACCUCGUCGUACCCCGAAGCAACGGCGACGCACCAAAGACCUACCAGACGAGAGGAGGUCCACGUACAGUAUUCGUACAGUCCUCAAGAACAUCUGUGUCCAGUUCUUGGAGUGCUGUUACAACCCUCUCAUGAAGGUGGUCAAGGACAACAUCAUGCAUCAGCGAGCUAUGGACAAUGACGAGACCUACUACUUGUGGUGUUUGCGCUUCUUUAUGGAGUUCAGUCGUCUCCAUGACUUCAGAGUGGACAUCGUGGGGGAGACCCUGCAAUUAAGCACUCUGCAUUACAUCAUUCAGUUGUUGGCCAACUAUUUUGAGAGUAUGGUGGUCGAGAAGAAGUCACACGUGGAUGCACGUCAGUGGGCUCAGAGGCUUCAUUUUGCAGUUCAAGCAUACAAAGAAUUGCUUUUCUACAUUCAAGAAAUGUCUCUCUCAAAAACAGAGCAAGAAAACAGCAAAGUGAUGCAAAGCAACGUCUUCUACCAUCCUGAAUACAGAGAUAUUUUUGUGACUCUUUUGCGAAACUUUUAUGAGGUUUUUCAGCCAACAGCCUCGCUACGAGACAUGGUUGAGUGCACACACGUGUACGUACGAAUGAUGGAGCGAUACUGCUCUGAGAACAAGCACUUGGUUGUCAGGGCAAAGAAGCGAUCAAAGAAGAAAGGAAAAGGCAAGAAAAAAGGUCCUCCCAAACUGCUCUCUGAGAAUCAGCUGGUGGAUCUUUGGGAGAGGAUAGAUGCGAGGGUGGGUGAGCUGUGUGAGGGGGUGGAGCCUCUUCCUGCCCCGCCCAUCCCAUUCGACUCAGCCAGUGAUGUACCGAUAGAGGAACAAAAACUGUAUGCUAUGGGACAUGUCAAGAGCCUCCUGGUGGACGCCCAACAUCCUGAAGCAGUGGCUCUAGUCAGGGCUUCAAGGGAGGUGUGGCCUAACGAUGUGUUCGGAUCUGAUGGUGUUUCUGUUGAUGAGGAGAUGGAGCUCAUCAGAAAUAUACUCCUCGACCCUUCAGCUGUGAUGCCUGCCGGUCGUUUCCUUGGUAACGACGAGGGUGACGACAGUGAGGGGGCGGAGGAGGAAGGGGGUGGGGCAGCGGAGGUUUCAAACGUUGAGAUGGAAUUUAGCGUCAGAAACUAUAUUGAAAGGUUUGCCAACAACAAGAUAGUUCGUUCCUACUGCUUAGUGCUCAAAGAGUAUCGCAAGAACUCAGAGGCAGUCAACCAUGCAGUGGUGAAGAUGCUGUACAGGAUAGCUAUCCAACUCAAGAUGGCCCCUCUCCUUUACCAGAUCUCUAUUUUCAGGACACUACAGAGCAUAAUGGAAGAACCUACGUCAUCAAGAUUCAAGGAGCUACAGAAGCUUGCCCGUUACAUAGUGUCCGGUUUCUUUACCAUGACAACCACGAACCCGCUCAUGUUUGUGGAGCUUCUCUUCUGGAAGACCUCUCAGGACUGUCACGAACUGACAGUGGGGUAUGGAACCAUCGAGAGGGAAAAGGAAUUGCGACAGAUGUCUGUCACGUGGACAAUAGAGCAAGAGAAAGAAUUGGAGGAGCUCUUCACUCAGUACAAGGACGAUGACGAUGUUGUGGCGUGUAUCGAGGCCGGUCUUGUUGGUGGUGGUAUCCCUCGCUCACGCAGGCAGAUAGUCAAGCAACUAGUCACUCAAGGCCUGGUCAGCUCUAGAAAAGAGCUCAACAAGAAAUCAAACAAACUCACAAAGGGGGUGUGGUCAGAGGAGGAGCUUUCCCGUCUCCACGAUGUGUACGGCUGUGAGAGUGGGGAUGUGAAGGGCGUAAUGGAGUUCUUCCCUGGCCGAGGGAUUAGAGAUGUCACUGCACAGCUUCAAGCACUUGGAUUACUGCCAGAAAAAAAGAAGAAAAAGAUUCUACCUGAACAGGUUCCAUUAUCAGAUUCAGAAGAAUCAGACUCUGGCGAAAUGGAACCGAGGCGUCCAAUAACAAAAGCUCCUACGCCUAGUGAUUUAGGCCGUCUAGUGUCCAAUCUUCAGUCUAGUGGCUACAGUGACCAGCUCUCGUGGCUGGAGGCGUAUCUCACUGAUGAGGCCAGGGACAGACGAAUGGACGAUGAGUGGGAGGACUUGUGUGUGGUGGGCGUGAGUGAGUCUAUAGCAAAGGCUUUGAGAACGAAGGAAUUUGAACAGCUGCUCAAACUUCUCAACCUCCAACCACCUUCUGAACAGGAGGUCUAUUGGAGGAUUCCGUCGACAAUGUCACCACAAGAACUGGAAAAGGCAGCAAAGAGUCUUCAUGGCGAUGGACAAAGUGGUUCCCAUGACAAUGGACAAUGGUACAGCGAUGAAGACAACUCGUUUGAAGGCAUCAGAGAAAUGACCAAAACUGAAGCACUCACUGAACUGAGGAAAAGCAAAGGGAAAAGCCCUGUACACAGGGGAAAGUCCCCUAAAGAUACGGGAAAGUCCCAGUCGACAACACUCUCCAAGAGGCCUCGGUUGACAAGACGUGGAAGCUUUUUCGAUGAUUCGGACGAUAGCGAAACUAGAGAGACACAAAACAGUCUAAAAAGAAACAAGGCAAGACGAGAAGUAGCAUCAAGUGAUAGUGAAAACGGUGAUACUGCAAACGACAGUCGAUCGAAGAAAUUAAAGAAAAGCAGACGUCUUGACCUGUCUUCUAGCGAGAGUGAAGGCGAGGAAACGCCAUUAUUGAAUAUACAAUUGGAAUCUGAGGGGAUGCCAUCGAACGUAGACAGUGUCAGGAAACGAUUAAGACAAUUCCAAGACUCGUCCGACGAUGGCGAUAGUAGCGGUGAUGACAAAUCUAGCUCUUCUAAACCGUUGACAAAAGCUGCUAAACUAGCGGACAGUGGCUCUGAGAGUGAUGACAAUGGAUUGGUAAUGGACUUGGAACCUCGAGAGAUUAACUCACCUCCUGCCGACACUGUUGACCUGUCUACACACCUAGCUAUGGAGGAGUGCUAUAAUGAUGACUGUAGUAGUGAUCAACCUGGCUCCAUGGGAACACUGGCUGUCUCACAAUCAGUCGUAUCUUAAACAUAAUAUUAUUUGCACAAACAGUUUUCUUUUAUUCCCUGCUAUUUUUUCCAUUUUAUCAUAAUCCUUGUUGUGUGUUGAAAUAUUUAU